AAGUAAUACAGUACAGAGCAGACGAGCUGACAGCGAUAGAACGGGUUAAACUUGGAUUGUAGUUAUCUUUCGCAGUUCUUUGCCAACCAAUUGCCAGAUAGUUGUAGAAGAAGUAACGAAUAUAAAUCGAAGUUCUAGAAAUGGCAGCUGAAAUUAAACCUGCCCCUGCUAAUUCUGGUGAUAGAUUCAGUUCUACGAAGAAACCUGUCUUAUUGUCUAAAUUAGAAGGGUGUAAUGAUGACAUUAAUCAGGCGAUAUUUAUUCCUGGUCAAGAUGGUGUUAUCAGCGUUUCAGAUGACAGGACUGUGAGAGUGUGGCUGAAGAGGGACUCUGGUCAGUACUGGCCCAGUAUCUGUCACUACAUGCCUGUAGCUGCCACCUGUGUGUAUUACUGUGCAGAGACUAGACAGCUGUUUGUAGGUCAAGAUAACGGCUCCAUAUUUGAAUAUGUGCUGGAGGAAGACUUCAACCGGAUGUCCGCAGUGCGAGAGUUGCUCGCUCACCAGAGCCGUGUGACAGCAGUACACUUUGCGCUCGGUCAGGAGUGGGUUCUCAGCAUCGGGCGAGACAAGAUGUUCCAGUAUCACUGUUCCGAGACUGGCCGCACCCUCGGCAACUUCCUCAGCAAUGCCUGGUGCACAGCUCUUGUGUUCUUGCUAGCCUCAACAAGGGUGUGCAACCCCAUGCCUGCGUUAACUGAAGAGGCGGGUUCAGAGCUGGCCUCCUCUUCUUCCGGGGGAACAUAACUUUAAGGUUAGUGC